UCAAAGUCUUUCCCUGAGUUUUCUCUUCUCUGUUCUUCUCUUCUCUUCACAAGAAUCACAACCCUUUUCAACAAUCAUGCCUUCUGCAACUUUGUCAGCCCUAGCAGGAUCUCUUCUUUCACCUUUACAUGCCGUAAGUUUGGAGAAGCUGAUUGGUUAUUUAUGGGAUUAUCUAUCAUCAGCACCAUCACCAUCCUCCUCUGAUGAAGCAGAGAAACGGCAACAACUGAAUGAUUCACUGGAAGCCUUGGAAGAUGCCAAGUUGAAUGUCGAGUUGAUGCAGAGUAGAAUCAUGAAAUUGUUUCAAAAACAUAAGCAAAACAAGAGGGUUGUGGGUUUGCACAACAAGCUCAAAGAUGUUGGUUAUGACAUACAAGACUUGGAAUCAGAGAUGAAGUAUAUGCAGAUGGAGAGAAAGGUGCAGGAGAUCAACAAGGCUGAAGAAGAAGAAGAAGCAGCAGCAGCUGACAGUACUAGUAGCCGAUUCAGUUUAAAGCGCUCAUUUCCAUUUGGUCUGCCAAUUGUUUCCUUCUCUAAGAAAAAACGUCGCCUUCCGACAUCAUCGCAAUCUUCAAGUCUGUCAACAUAUGAAGACAUUGUGAGACAGGUUACUAGUAUUCUAAAACAAAUAAAAAGCAUUGAAUCAAAGUUGAAAGAUGAAACCACUUUGGAAGAUUUGUUUGACCAGCUCAUAAUGAACAAAGUUUAUGAUCCACGGGAACAUCACUUCACACAAAAUGAACGUGUCACCACGUCAUCAACAAAUGAAAGGAAGAUAUAUGGUCGAAAUAAUGAAAUACAAUGGUUGAUUGAGUUUCUCAAAGAGCCAAAUGUGAAUGGUAAUGUUUGUGUUGCACCAAUAGUUGGGCUAGGUGGAAUGGGCAAAACUACUUUGGCUCAGUUUGUCUUCAACCAUGAAGAAAUCAAAGAUUAUUUCAACAAUCAAGCAUGGAUAUGCGUAUCAGAUCACUUUGAUAGAUUCAGAAUCACUAAACAAAUGGUCGAUUCAUUCCGUAGUUUAGCUGAUUCAUGUAGUAGCACCACCAGCUUGGAUCUUCUUGAGAGAGAACUCAAAACGCAUUUAAGAGGGAAGAAAUUCUUACUGGUGCUAGAUGAUAUUUGGUCUGAUGAAUGGCAACAACUCCUUAUUCCUCUCCAAUCUGCACAAUCACAAUCUAUUAAAAUCAAAAUUAUUGUGACUUGUAGAGAUCCUACUGUGUUAAGAAGCAUAGACAAAAAAAAAUAUAAUUAUUUUGAGAGGUAUAGAUGAAGAAGAGUAUUGGUCACUUUUUCUGCAUUCUACCUUUGGGGAAAACAAUCCUGAAAAUUAUUCGCGUGAACUACAUGAUAUAGGAAAGCGUAUAGUGGAAAACCUGAUGGGAUCACCAUUAGCAGCAAAGACAGUGGGAAAGCUUUUAGAAUGCAGCCUAACAAAGAAGCAUUGGAAGGAUGUAUUGGAAAAUGAUUUGUGGACAUUAAAAACUAAUGCACAUGAUAUUAUGCCUGCACUUGCAUUGAGUUACUACCAUCUACCUCAGCAUCUCCAACAAUGCUUUGUCUUUUGUUCGUUGUUUCCUAAAAAUCAUGUCUAUUAUAAGGAUGAGUUGAUUUGCAUGUGGAUAGCCAAUGGGUAUAUACAAGAAAGCGGAAGUAGUUCAAAAACAAUGAAUGAUAUAGGAGAAGGCUAUUAUUAUGAAUUAGUGGCAAAGUGUUUCUUUAAUAAGCGGAAGGAUCAGUACCUAGCCUUCACAAUGCAUGACUUAAUGCAUGACUUGGCCAAAUUAGUUUCUCAUGGGGAAACUUAUAUUUAUGAGAGUGGAAAAGAUAAAGAAAUCUCCAAAAAUGUCCGUCAUUUGUAUGCAGAAUGUUCAAUUGAUCAAGGGUUGGUACGUGAAACUAAUAAAGUACGCACACUUGUGUUAAAGAGCGCUAAAGACAUGUCUGCCAUCCUCAACCAUGAAGCAUUCAACAAAAUCAGAGUGCUAGUCAUCUCUAAUGCUAAUAUGCAAGAAUUCCCAAAUGGUAUUCCUCAUCUAAAGCACUUGCAAUAUUUAGAUUUGCGGGAAACUCAAAUCAAAUCAAUACCGGAUUCAUUAUGUGAGCUUUAUUUGUUGAGAGUAUUGGCAUUGCAUUGUCCACAGGCCUUGCCAAGUCGAUUUCAUAGCCUCAUAAAUCUUGAAAUAUUGUGCAUUUGUGACAGGUUUGAUUUCCUAAAAUAUAAUGUGAACAAAGAAACAGGUUUCUUGGUUGCCCAAUUGAGGAAUAUGAAUGAACUAAGAACACGACUUUCAAUUAAAGACUUACGGAAUAUUGAUAAUAGGAAAGAAGCGAUGAAAGCCAAAUUGAAGGAAAAAUGUCAUAUCAAGAGUUUGUAUUUAGAUUGGAAUAUUGAUUCGGUGGAUGAUGAUUGCAAACAUGAUGUCGAAGAAGUACUUGAAGGCCUUCAACCUCAUCCUAACUUAGAAGAAUUACAUAUUGGUGGGUACAUGGGUUACAACAUGCCAAAAUUAAAUAACGAUAUUGAAAGACAUUACAGAAACUAAAAGAAAUAUCGUUAUUUAAUUACAGAAAAUGUAUACCUACAGCGCUCGGAUUGUUACCCUCUCUUGAGGGAUUACACUUUUCUGACUGUGAGAACAUAACAAUUGAGUGUGAAUCAUGUGAUGAUUCUGAGAAUGAGAUGUUUCCAUCCUUGCAGCUGCCACUUUUAUGGAAUUGUACAACAUUAUCAUUUACGGGCAUUCCAAUGUUUCCAUCUUUGCAGCGGCUUUCAUUGCGUAAUACAAAAGUAUCAUUUACGGGCAUUCCAACUUCAUCAUCAUCAUCAUCAUCUCCAACAACACCAGGGCCUCGCAAGGUGUUUCCUCAUCUUCAGGAACUCACUAUGGUGCAAUGUAAUGAAAUGAAUGGAUUUCCUUGGGCCAUAUGUGUAGCUCUAAAGAAGCUACACAUAAAAAAUAGUUCAGGCAUGGAUGACAAAUUGCCAGGAUGCCUCCGUGGCCUUUCUUCUCUUACUCUAUUAAAUUUGACAGGGGCAAAGAUCAAAACCUUUGAUGCAGAGGUGAUGGCCACACUCCAUGCACUAUGGCGGUUAGAUCUUUCAGAUUGUAAUAAGCUUUUAUCACUGGAAGGUUUACAAGCCCUCCCCUCCUUGACAGUUUUGUGGAUUUAUAGAUGUCCCAAAUUUAGAUCCUGGUGUACGGCGGAGAUGGCAAAGCUACAUGAACUAGUUAUAUUGUCUUGCCAAGAUCUAGAAUCUCUGCCUAAUUGGUUGCAUUGCCUUUCUUCACUAGAGGCAUUGACUAUUACGCGUUGCCCAAAGUUACUUUCACUGGCAGAGGGAGGUCUCCCUUCCUCUCUUGAAAAAUUAAAGAUCAUAAACUGUGACCCAGGCUUUUCGCAACGGUGCCGACAAGAGGGGUCUCCAGAAUGGCUAAUGAUUCAGCACAUCCCUAAUCAUCAAAUAUAUUUUUUAUGAAAAUUAUCUGAGUGGUAUGUUUGGAUCCAUGCCUUUGCUUGUCACUUUGUUUUCUCAUUCGAAUUAUUUAUAAUAUUAUCUUCAAUUUCACUUGACUAAUCAAAA